AUGAUGGACCAUCGGGGCUACCUCGCAGUGGGCGGCCGCCCUGCCGGCGAAGCACCGCGGACCGUCAGGCCUCCGAAGAGGAGAAAGGAGGAGCAGGAGGAGGUCAUCACGGUGGAGUAUGCCGUGCCGGACAGGGCCAUCCCUGGCACGCAGCUUCAGGUCACGACCCCGACAGGCGGCAAUCAGGUGACGGUAACGGUCCCAGAUGGCGCGAAGCCGGGAGACGUGGUAAAGGCGGACGUAAAGAUACAGAAGCCGACGCCGGUUCCUGCUCCGCAGCCUGCACGUGGUCGGGAAGGCUCUUCAGAAUCUGCAAGGUCUUUCGAUAGGCCUGGAAUUCCCUCCUUUUCGAUGCUGCUGCCGAAGAAGAAGAAGCGACGGAAGAAGAGCAAAAGCAGAAGCAGGAAGCGAAAGAAGAGUAGCAGUUCAUCGAGCCGAAGCAAGAAAAAGAAGAAGGCGGACAAGGAGAAAAAGAAGCGCGAAGGCGAGGAGAAAAAGCGCGCCGAGAAGCAGAGGCAGGACGACGAGCGGCGACGGCUCAUGCGGGAACGACGGGCCGCCCGAGGCCUGACCGGCGCGGCGAGCGCGAAUCUUCAAGCUGAGUAUCGUGUCGCGUGGUGUAGUGUUGCUGCUGGCGGGCGGCUCUCCGCAGUGCUUCGCAUAUACUUUUGUGUUAGGGCCCUCGCCUGCGCGGCCUUCGCCUGGUACGCCCAUCAUCUGGACUCGCUGGUCGAGUCAUGGAGCGUUGGAGACAGGAAGCCAGAAGAAGCAGACAACGAGCGAUAA